ACUUUCAUUCAUUCAAUCGGAUAUUGCCUACCGAAGGGCGACGACGAUCAACACGGGGUUUCUACUCAGCUGGAGGCAGAAUAUUUCACGGUUAUCAACAUUAUUUGCUAUCGUUCGAUUACUGUGAUCUAAAGUGAAAGGAGUGCCGUUCGGUUCGGGGGCUGAUAAGAAAUUAUCUAACCGUGGUUAGUUAACCCACCCGCUAGGUUUCUUCCCAGGCAGCAAGGAGCGAAGUGAAAAUUUGAUUCUGUAGAGUGAUUCUAUAGUGUUGUGUGUUAUAUAAUACCAGGCGCAAAACAAACGGAGUAGCAAAAAAAAACAGUGGAAGGAUUUCGUCCGUGCGUAGGCUAGAAGAACCACACGGAUAAUUUUCUCUGUUGGUUGGAAUGCCAAUGUGCUGUGAUUGAAGGGUGAAGUAGUUAGUUUACGCAAAACUUCCUGUGUGGGCAGCAUUUAAGGUGAAAGGAACAGCUAAACAUUCUGUUUCUAGUAAACUUACUAUCUAUCAACCUACUUACAAGCACUAUUAGUAUCAGAGAUUGACACUACCGCACAAAACUUUCAAUUUAGCACAAUGUACGAUUUGAUGUUCUAAGCAAGGCUCGACGCACAGUUUAGCACAAGCACACUCUGCACCGGCACUAACAAGAACCACCUUCUUAAGGCAAUGCAACACACAUAUUUGCACCAUUAGCACCACCAACGCUCACCGUAGAAACCGUGUUAGGAUUUCGCAGCAUUUGUGUUGCAUUCAGUGCACCUUGUCCCCAUACGUGCAUGCGAGAACACGUAGUCCGUGAACGGUUCGUAGUGAUCAAGCGUUGAAGUUUUGGAACUGUCCCGCAUCCGUCGGCGUAGAAUCGACACACACACACACAGAAUUCGGUGUGCCCAUAAUGGCCAACACGGCGCAUUUAUUUCGCAGACAAAGCUCCCGGGAUCUGAUCCAGCAGGCGACGGUUCGAAGCUUGGAUGAGCUUGAGCUGAGGGAACUGCGAAGUCGACUAGUCCGGGCAGAGAAUGGAAACCGCAAUGUGGUAUACGGGGCGACUAAUCAGGCCUUUGUGGCCGACAUUGAUCCACCGAUGGGUAGGAUUCUGGACUUGGGACCGAGUUCAGCGCCACCCACCGCAACAGGACCGAUUGGGAAGCUGUCUACCCAAACUUCCGUUAUCGAUCAGGUCGUUGAAGAGAGUGUGGUUCCGGAGCGACAGGAUGAUGAACGGGAAAGUUGGGACAGCAAGUGGACCUUUCUGCUGGCAACCAUCGGAUACGCGGUUGGUUUGGGAAAUGUUUGGAGAUUCCCCUAUCUGGCACAGAAAAACGGAGGAGGAGCUUUUCUCGUUCCGUACUUUGUAAUGUUGCUGCUGCAAGGUAUUCCCAUCUUUUACCUGGAGCUGGCGAUCGGACAGCGUCUCAGAAAAGGUGCCAUCGGAGUUUGGCAUGAAGUGUCCGCCUAUCUGGGCGGAAUCGGAAUCUCGUCCGCCUUCGUGAGCUACAUUGUGGCGCUGUACUACAAUACGAUCAUCGCGUGGUGUUUAAUUUAUCUGCUGCAUAGCUUCGAAUCGCCACUUCCGUGGGCCGAAUGUCCCAAGCGGUUUUACAAGAACUUCACGUACGACAUAGAGCCCGAGUGCGUGGUUUCGUCUCCCACCAAGUAUUACUGGUAUCGGGAAACACUGAUGGCAUCGCCAAGCGUUAACGAACCGGAGGAGGUGAAUUACAAUGUGGCCAUUGCGUUGAUUACAGCUUGGUUUUUGGUGUACAUGUGUAUGGUCCAAGGUAUAACCGAAUCGAGCAAGAUCGUCUACGUGACGGCAAUCUUCCCGUACGCGGUGUUGAUCAUAUUCUUCUUCCGAGGAAUCACUCUGAAGGGAGCCUCGGACGGAGUGCUGCACCUAUUCACCCCCCGUUGGGAAUCGAUCCUCGAGCCGGUGGUGUGGCUGGAAGCCGGAACGCAAAUCUUUUUUUCGCUGGGGCUCGCUUUCGGUGGACUAAUUGCGUUCAGCUCGUACAAUCCAGCCAACAAUAACUGUUAUCGAGACGCACUGGUGGUGUCCUUCACCAACUGCAGUACUUCCAUGUUUGCUGGCGUGGUCGUGUUUUCGGUCAUCGGGUUUAAGGCAACUUCGAUAUUUGACUCUUGCAUGGAGGAACGAACCGCACUUCUGGCGGCGAACAAAACUUUUAAUCUGCCGGUUUGUGACCUGCAGAAGGAACUCGAAAACAGUGCCUCUGGAACUGGUUUAGCGUUCAUAAUUUUCACCGAAGCCAUCAAUCAGUUUCCUGCAGCCCAAUUCUGGGCGGUCCUCUUCUUUCUGAUGCUGUUCACGCUUGGAAUUGACUCUCAGUUCGGCACGCUGGAGGGAGUCACGACCUCGCUAGUGGACAUGAAACUAUUUCCGAAUCUACCGAAGGAAGUUAUUACCGGGGGGUUGUGCUUCUCCUGCUGUGUUCUAUCGAUGUGCUUCGCUAAUGGAGCAGGCAGCUACAUCUUCCAGCUUAUGGACAGUUUUGCCGGUAAUUACACUCUGCUAAUUAUUGCAUUCUGCGAAUGCGUUGGCGUCAGCUACAUCUACGGACUGAAAAGAUUCGCUGACGACAUUGAACUAAUGACUGGUUCCCGGCCGGGUCUCUACUGGCUGUUGUGUUGGAAGUAUUUAUCCCCGAUUGCGAUGUUGACCAUUCUGGUAGCCUCCUUCGUGGAGCUGGCCUCGGAAGGUAGCAGCUAUCCAGGCUGGAAUGAACUGACCGGCAACACCGAUCGUCUCGAGUGGCCUCACUGGUGCAUCGUGGUCGCGAUCCUACUGAUUAUGGUGUCAAUUUUGUGGAUUCCCGGUGUCGCCAUCUGUCGGUUAUGCGGCAUCAACAUAAUAGAAGACUCGGAACCGGCCUGGUUCCCGACGGCAGAACUGCGGGAUGUACAUGGUAUUGUUCCUCACGAACCAACUGAUAUCGAAGUAUCGCUAUUCUGUAUACGACCGGACGGUUCGGAAGGCUUAUGCUGUCCCACGUAUCACGGACCACGCGAGAAGCCUUUGGAAGAGGAUGAAGAGGAGUAAGCAGACGGGAACUUGGCCGUGUGAGUAGUCCAUUAGACAAUAAGUGAAAUCCAGGUCCUAUACACUUGAAUGGUGGAUCAAGCACCAUUGCAAAACACGACGACUAUUGUAGUCCGAGAGAGACAAUAUAUUAGAUAGACAAGUUCAUUGCACCCGCAGGUCGCGGUUUAGCGAAGUUCGGAAUGGAGCACAUUCAAAUUAUUUAGAGACUAUCAAGUAAAGAGAUUAGAAUAAUGCAAUGAUCUUACGGAAAAUGCUCGUCAAAUAUUCUCCGCUGUUCCAAAAAAUGCAGCGUUAUGGUAAAAUUUCGCAGAUAAACUUCUUUUAAUAGUUAGUACAAUAUUUUCGAAUAUUUUAACUAAGUUAGACUCACUUUUGGGUCAUUUAUAGGAGAUUUUUAACCUGCAUGGCUCACUUUUUGCCAUUUUUUUAAAUGUUCACCCCUUUUUUGUCACAAUUUAGAAACAUUUUAAACCUAUUUGAACCAUGUGUCUCUUUGAAAGUUUCAAACCUUUCUUACAAUUAAAUGUUAGAGCAAAAUAGUGUUUUUUUUUCAAUAUAAAUCUUUUUUUUUAUUCAAACAUAGAAAAAAACUUUUGGUUCAAAGUUGCUGCAACAAUGCGGAUCAACUUUUUCCUCAAUGAACAAAGAUAAAAAAAGUUAGGCAUCUGAUUUCAUCGAAAAUUUUGGUUACCUAAUUUUUAAUAACAUGGAAAUAAUCAUAUGUAACAACUUCGUAGAAGAAAGUUUUUCUCUAGAAUAUUGCUAUCGAAAUCUAGAUCAAAAUUUCCCUCUGCACUCGGUUUCUGGACCAUUGUGUAUUGGAUUUCAAAAUGGCCAAAUGAAAGUGAUUCUAACUUUAGAACACUUUCAUCCCGAGUCACACAGGGUACGUUCGACUAGUAUUAAAAGAAGAAUGCACAUGAAAUGUGGUCUUAUGGCUGCAAAUAACAGUCAUAGGAAGUAGGAAUUACAGCACAAAUUUCACUACCGUCUGCAAAUCGUGCAUGUGCAAUACAAGAUGUAAGAAGAAUGGCAUCACAUGGUAUUGGUGCAUGUGAUGGUAUCAGUGACUAACAUAUAACAAGUGAUACGAGAUUAAGAAAGACUAGAGAUAUGGAAAUCGCUAAGAUACUCGUUGACUGGGUGCCAUUCAACAAGUUAAACAACAAUUUAAUUGUCGGUGUCAUAGCUGAAACACUUUCAUUUCAAACCUAGAUUCGCUCUAAUUUCGCACAACGUGUCCAAUCACGAAACUAUGUAAUCUCGAGAUAAUAUAGUUUCGUGAUUUACUUCAACUUCUUUAUUAUUUAUGAUAAGUAUUCUAAUAAAUCAGUACGCCUCAAACUGUCUUGCAGUACGGUCUUAUUUUACCAAAAGCUCGAGGCUUAUUCUUAGUCUACCAAGAUGUAUUGGAAAUUUACCAAGAUGUUUUGGAAAUUUUCCGCGCUUUCAGCAGGUUAAAAGUAAUGAGUACAACCAAAACAAACUGUAGUCAAUACUAUUCAUGAAAGUAAUUAAAAGUCUUUCAAUACUGUUCAGGUGUCACCAACAUCUCCUGUAGCUAGUGUGUCCGUGGAUAAUACUUCAAAUUGAAACAGCCUUUUGUGUUUGGUGUAGAAGAGUCUGCCAGUUGUGAUUUGGGUAGUCCCACUCCUAAGAAGAUGGACUACAAACAACAAUCCUUAAUGUUAUUGUUCGCUGUGGUGUACAGUAACUAGAAGAAAGCUCUUUAAAUUUGUUGGUGAGAAUUUUCAACAGAUGCUUUUAAAAAAAGUUGCAAAGUUAAAAAUGUUUAAGUCACUCCAAUAAUAAUACAUGAAAAGAAUCUAGCUUAAGCAUCAAGUUAUUGGCCAAUUAGUUUAGGUACUCUCAUCUAUAAACAAACUUUUUGAGAAAGAAAUCAAUUUUUGGAAACGGAAGUCUGAAUUUCGCCAAGGGUUUUCAACUAAUCAUCAGUUACUUAGAGUAACUAAUAAAUCUGAAGGCUGUUCGUCUAGACAUCGAAAAGGCAUUUGGCAGUGCUUGGCAUAAAGGUUUAAUAGCUGAAAUAUCCGCUUUCCGUUUCUCUCUUCACAUCACACAAAUGAUACAAAGUAUCACUGACCGCACUCUUCAGAUUUUCUAUUCAAAUGGUAAAUUUGAUAGAGCUGAUGUACCUCAAGGAACUAUGUUGGGCCUAAUCUUAAAUGAUGUUUUUACUUGUGAUCUUGCUGAUUUAUAUUCAGAAUGUGGGAAGUAUUCAUUCUGAGACGGUACAAGCAUUUUCGUAAAUGGAAAAAGCCUUCCUGUCAUGUGCAGUCGGCUGAAAAAAAGUCUAAAUAUAUUUUCAUCAAACUUGCAGAAAUGGAAUGCACCUAAUGCAGCAGUUCUCUACCUUUUUUGGUCCGCGUACCGCUUGGCGAUAUUUUCCAAAUCAAUUGUACUCCUUGGCUUGGAAUGUUCUCGCAGCGUAGGAGAGAGUAGUGGUAGAUCAUGUUGUGGUAGUCUAAUUAAGGUUUCAAAUUGAACUAUGGUUGUUUGAUUGCUACAGUCAUGUUUUAAGAACAAGAUUGAACAACAAAUGAAGUAUUAUGAAGAAAAAUUGUUUUGUCUGUCAUUACUGAUUUUUCUUUUGCGUACCCCCUGAAGGCUUUCGAGUACCCCCAGUGGUACGCGUAUUCCAGGUUGAGAACCGCUGACCUAAUGCAUCAAACACAGCAAUUAUUUUUGCUCAUAUGCCAAAAGCUAAUUUCUCAAACCCACCUAUAAUUGUAAGGAUGGACGGUGCUAAUUGGUCUUAUCAAGUUGAAUACUUAAAGCUAAAUUUUGAUAAGAAUCUUACUUUCAAAGACCAAUCUUUAUAUCCAUCAUCUUCCUACGUAACUACAUUUCGGCCAAAAAAAAGACGAAGACACAGUUUUGCGCAAUUCAUGCAUUGAUUCAGACAUUAACCGAAGUUGAAGAGGUUUAUUGUAUGCCUCAUAAGGUGGACGGGUUGAAUAAGGGAAAGUGAUGCUCCAUAAACUUUGAUCACUGUGAUGGAGCUUACUAAGGAUUACUGUUUGCUAGAUCCAUAGCACCUUUCAAUUGCUGACUCCAGUUUUGUUCCUCAGGAACCGUGUAACUUCCAUCGUCUUCGUGACAAAGUGUGCCUACUUAACCCUCUAGUGCCCAAGUUAAUUUCUAGACGGGUUUCUGUAAAAUCAUUAUGAAUAAACACUUUUUACGUAUUUAUUGAAGCUUUUUAGAGGGUUGACUGGAGCCCGCCAAAUGGCGGCAUUGGGCACUAGAGGGUUAAUGGUCCCGGCAGCAAUAUGGUCCUCGAUAAAGUAGUGCUUGAAGUCGAUAUAUUGUUGGCUAGCCCGGUACCAGAUCUGCUCGUGUCUUGCAAUUGAAUUCCUCUAGAAUUUCGGCCAACCAGAUUGCUUCGAAUACAACUGCGCUCCAAUGUUGUUUGUUGGAACCUUCACAUGUAACUCACUGGUAGUACAGAUCAGGGCGGACACAUAACAUCAAACACAUAGUGCUGCCCAUCAGGUCUCGAUAUGGAUCAACUAAAGUUCUUUUGUUCUCGUAACUCUCUGUCUUGAUCCUCUACGCGAUUCAAAGGGGCUCGAGAGUAUCGCCGAAACGCGCACGUAGCACAUCACUUGCGCCAUGGUGCCCUAGAUCAGUCGAGUCAAUUUAUCGGGAAAUCCGUUGUCGUGCAUGAUCUGCCAUAGCUGUUCUCGAUCGACUUAAUCAUAGGCCGCCAUGAAAUCGAUGAAAAUGUGAUGUGUGGGUACGUUGUAUUCGCAACUUUUGUGCAAGAUCUGUUGCAUUGAGAAGAUCUGGUUCGUGAUGGCACGGGCCUCCUUGAAGCAAACUUAGUACUGGCCCAAGAAACUCCUGGUUAAAGGUGAUAUACGACGGAACAGGAUCUGUGAGAGUAUUUUGUAGGCGGCAUUUAUUAGCGAGAUACUGCGGUAGUUGCGGCGCUCCAGUUUGUCGCCCUUUUGAAGAUGGGGCAGACGACUCCCUCCAUCCACUCGUCAGUCAGUUUUUCCUUCUCCCAAACAUUUGAAAUGAUCCAUUGCAGCGCUCUAGCCAGCACCUCUCUCCAUGCUCACAAAGAACUGCAUGAACAUCGGUGGCUAGUACUCGGUCAUCUACUGCUGGUGCUCCUAGGUCAGUUCCUGCUCCGCUCCUGUUAACUGUUUCGUCAUCCAAGUGUUCAUCGAAGUACUCUUCAUACCUGUCGACCACGAUGACACCCCGUUAAGCAUACAGACGCGAGGCAUACGGGCGCGAGGCAUAGUACGCUAGGCAUAAUGGACGGCAGGCAUACGGACACGUGGCAUAUGGACGCGAGGCCGAAUGGACCCGAGGCCAAAUGGACCCGAGGCCAAAUGGACCCGAGGCCAAAUGGACCCGAGGCCGAAUGGACCUAAGGCCGAAUGGACGCAAGGCCGAAUGGACGAGAGGCCGAAUGGACGCAAGGCCGAAUGGACGCGAGGCCGAAUGGACGCGAGGCCGAAUGGGCGCAAGACCAAGGGGAAGUGAUGCGGAAUACGUUAUUAUCGUCAUCAUUAUCAUAGCCUUCUUUUAACAGCAUGUAUUUCGCUUCAAAGUGUCAUUUGGAAAGCAAUACACUCGCGGCCUUCGGCCGACUCGCUGCUCGAGCGAAUGCUGUCCUUACUCGCUAACGCUCGUUCGGAAUUAACUAAGGGAAAGAAACUCUGUUUGAGUAGACCUAGCACACCAAUAGAUCAGUUGUUUGAGUGCGAGAGGCCGCCGCUUCCGACGGCAGAUCGGCGGCCGGCUUUGACUGCGAAAACCACGGCGGCUUAGUGCCGCCUCGUUUCCUUGCCCUCGAUUAUGCGUCUUCGCCGCAUGAUUUCAAGAAAAGUAUUAUGCCCAACUUAACCGUUAUGUACUCGGCAAUUUUAACACACGUAAGUACUCGGCAGGGUACCCGGGUACCCACCAAAAUGAAAUGCUUCUUACUUUUUCAAUUCUUGACCUAUUUUCGAUCUCGACCAGUCAAAAGAUUGGAAAAUUUGUCUUUUUUUAUUAUAAGGGACCUAAAGAGCCAUUGGUCCCCAUAUAGUUUUCGUAAAUCCGGAUUUUCAGGACCAUGUUCAAAAUCGGGAAUCUGCUGCGAAAUGGCCAUUUCGGACAACUUAUCAAAUGGACUUAUCAAAAUGAAUGAAAAUCAACUCCUGGAGUGGUUUCAUGAUUUUCGAUACCAAUGUUGGUCGUUUUUUUCGACAAUUGUACUAAUUUGUCUCACCGGAACAUGCUCUCGAAGAUCCGGAUUUACAGGAACCAGAUGUAGUCACUGGCUCAUGUCGGUCUCGGAUUCUAAGAGUAGACAGAUUUUUCAAUCUUUUGACAGACCAAGAUCGAAAAUCGGACAAGAAAUGAAAAAGUAGGAAGCAUUUCAUUUUGUGGGUACCCGGGUACCCUACCGAGUACUUAUGGGGUAAAAAAACCGAAGCCUUCCCCUUCGAACCCCCCCCCCCCCCCUCUGCUGCUAUAAACAGUCUGAUGAUGGGAUAUGGUUUAUUUCCACUAGUUAGGAGCAUUCCCCAAGUUUCAGGUGACUGGAUUGAGGUUAUCCUUGUUUUUUAAAACAUUAAAGUCUGAAAAGGUACCCGGGUAUCCUGCCGAGUACAUAACGGUUAAACUCUUUAGGAAUAUAUUCACACCUGAACUACAUAAUUGAAUCUCAUGCGAUCGUACAACAUCGAAUUCGGCCUCGCGUCCAUUCGGCCUUGCGUCCGUUAUUCCUUGUGGCAGUAUGCCUCGUAUCCAUUAUGCCUCACAUCCAAUAUGCCUCGCGUCUGUAUGCCUAGCAUACUAUGCCUAACAUCCAUAUGCCUAGCGUCCAUAUGCCUCGUGUCCCGUCCCCGUCGACCAGCUAGUUGACAUCGGUGUGAAGGUUCUUAUCCGCGUCGUUGCACAUGUCGUAUUGUGGCACUGGCACGGUACAGCUGCUUCAGCUCCUCAUGUUCAUGGUCCUCCUGCUCGCGCUUCUUUCGUCUGAGAAUCGUGGUCAUGUCGUUCCGUGCCCGUUUAUAAUUGGCCUUGUUCUCUCUCGUUGACCUGCCCAGGUAAACCGCCCAGGUUUUGUCUUCCACCGCCUUCUCGCACUUCCCAUCAUACCAGUUCUUUCAGCCAUUCGGUGCUUCCACUCCUAAUCGCCGUCACGGUCUUUCCGAUAACUGUGCGAAUGCUGCACCAGCCGUCUUCGAGACGUGGGUAGUACCGCUUCGAGCUGUUACGCGUAUUCCUCCGCAGCCUUUGAGUCCCGAAGCUGAUUGAUGUUGAGCCGCGGGGUUCGACGAUGUCGCACGUGGUAUACAGUCAAUAUUUACUUUACGAACUAAUUUCAUUUUUUGUCAUAUUGACUUACAUUUUAAGUUUAGUAAAGCGGGCAAUGUAUGUAGUUUCGCGGGAAUGCGAAGAUGAACGGGAAUAGAAGGUGUGACUAGACUUAGAAAAAAUUUCCCUCGUCCAGACGGGACUCGAACCCGCAAUCUCCGUUGUCUCCGGCAAGGUGUUUUGGCCAAUUAAACUACUGGGUAAGGUUAACUCUUCCUAAGACCAAUGUCGAAUCACCCUCUACUAUUGUGUUCCCGCAUCUCAGCACGCCGCGAUGAAACUGCACACGCUGCCCUGUGGAAGUUUAUUUCUGUAACUGAGAGAGUGGUCUCUUUACGUACACUAUUAUAUCUACAGCGACGCAAGCGAUGAGGCACGUCAGUUGGUGGCCAACUCCCAUGGAAGGCGUAUCACGGAAGAGCUCCGUUGUGCUAAUUUUACUUUACGAACUAAUUUCAUUUUUUGUCUAUUGACUUACAUUUUAAGUUUAUAAUAAGUAAUUAUACAUAGUGUGCGUAAAGAGACCACUCUCUCAGUUACAGAAAUAAACUUCCACAGGGCAGUGUGUGCAGUUUCAUCGCGGCGUGCUGAGAUGCGGGAACACAAUAGUAGAGAGUGAUUCGACAUAGGUCUUAGGAAGAGUUAACCUUACCCAGUAGUUUAAUUGGUCAAAACACCUUGCCGGAGACAACGGAGAUUGCGGGUUCGAGUCCCGUCUGGACGAGGGAAAUUUUUUCUAAGUCUAGUCACACCUUCUAUUUCCGUUCAUCUUCGCAUUCCCGCGAAGCUACAUACAUUGCCCGCUUUACUAAACUUAUACAGUCAAUAGUUUUAAGAGCAAAGAUAUCGCAACUAGGUAGUAGUCCGAGCCAAUAUCCGCACCGCGAUUGGUGCGUACGUUUGUAAUGCCUGAGAAGACCCAGCCGUCAAUGAGAACAUGGUCAAUUUGGUUUGCUGUACGUUGGUCAGAUGGUUUUGGGGAUGUGCUUUCAGGGAAAGAAGGUACCUUGGACUGUCAGUCCUCGAGAAACUGCGAAGUUGACGCAUUGCUAGCCGUUGUCGUUCGCCACGGUGUGCAGGCUGUAUAUGUCUUCCUUACCCAUUUGAGCGUUCAUGUCCCCGAUGACGAUCAUGAUGUCUCUACGCGAGCAACUAUCGUCGAGUUUCUCCAGCGGUGCAUAGAAUGCUUCUUUAUCUACAUCGGGUCUUCCUUCGUGAGGGCAAUGCACUUUGACAAUAGUGUAGUUGUAGAACCGGCCUUUCAUUCUCAGCAAACACAACCUGUCACUGAUCGUUCAGCGAAAUUCAGUUCUAUGUACCGAGCUUCCAAUCGUCGUACUUAUUUCGUCGCCUAGGUCGAUGCCGAUAGUUCCAGUUCGUAUUCAAUUCUUGAUUGGUCGAUUUUUUUUUUGAUUUUUUGGCAUGCUGCCUUACUAGAGCUGCGGAUGCCUAGUCUCUCGACGAGGCUGCUGUCUUGGCUGUAGCUGGCGAGACACCGUAUUUCAUAAUUCAGCCAUCCGCUCUCGGUUAGACGCUGCUUGAGCCGCCCCUAACAUGAAAAACAAAGGCUCAGGCAAGCUGCCCUCCUAAAAAACAGGCAUGGUAUUCCCAGUUAAACUAAGUGUUUUUUUGCUGCUUACGUUGGUCUCCAGCGAAUGCGGCGGUUUUUUUUUAUCAUUGCUAUGUACCCUGUGCAAAGGCUUCGACUCGUUGCUCAGCAACCGAGUUUUCGUCACUUCGUUUGUCAGCUCGUUUUCCAUGAGGCGAUCAUACACUCUCUUCAAGUGUGGAAUCAGCCACCCGAAGAUUGCGGAGUCUUGAACUGGAGACGAUCGAUCUACUUCCGAAUUUUCUACAGUUAAGCACCAUUUAAAAUGACGUGUUCUAUAGGAAUAAACUAGAUUUAAACGCUGCACAGAGGAAGGAGCUUGGCUGACCACCUAGAUUAUGGUAUUUCCUAUGUAAAAUAGGUCAAUUAAUCCAUUGGUGACGGUUUCUUCCCGCGCAGGGUCUAUUUUGCCUCUGUUCACCCUAAAUUUACGUGAUUUGGGGUUUCCUUUGUUGUAGUUACGAAUCCCGCUGAUAUUUUGACCAAAAAUUAACAAACCCACGAACAAAUUACCGGUGGACUAAAUAGAGAUGGUUUCAUUUUUUUUUUCGUUAUUUUGUUAGCAACAAUGAAGGUGAGGGCCAACGGCAAAACGAUUUUUAACAGAGAUAUUAAAAUAAAAGGACUCGAUUCAGCUUCCAUUAUUGCUAUAACGGUUGAACAAUAAUAACAAAAACUUAUUUUUGUAAAAAAUUCUUGCAAUAAAAUUUUAUAAAAAUUCAUUGAGUUGGUUUACAACUUUAAAUAUUUACAACUUUAAAUAUUAAACUUGAAAGUGCAAAAACGCCGAAUUUUUAAAAGAUCAUUGGAGUUUAUAUAAAUCAUUUUGGCUUCCAACAUUUGGUUUUAAUGAGCUUUUGAAUAUAUUCAGUUUUGGUUUGAAAUAUAUUAUAAAGGAUGUAAGGAAGUAUAAUAACACAAUCAAACAUUUUCUUCAUCGCAAAAUCAUUGUUAAAAAAUCUUAUUUAGUAACGAAAUCUGAUAUUUUAAAUCCUACGAGUACAAAAAGUGAGAUAUAUCAGUAGGUAUCAUCGCUUAUUAAAUUUACUUUUCAUUGAUGCAAUGAAGAGCAAUAAAGGUAUGGUGAUGCACGAUGCUCGUCAUGAACUGAGAGAGAUAUUUAGUUGCGCGGUCGGAGUUCAGAAUAAUAUACGGUGAUUGGUUUAAUUGUUCUGAAAUUUGCAAGAACCAAUCAACCACGUUGAAAACGUACGACGAACUUUGAAGAGCAUGAAUAACUUGCAUCAUGAUGUGUAUGAACAUUCGCUACAUAGGGUAACCGCUCCAUUAUCCAUCUCAACAGCUAGCUGCACUAUAGCUUCAUCUUACUUCUCUCAUUUAUCCAACUCACCGUCAAAUUUCUACAAAUUUUUGAAAGUAAGUCUAUUUGCUUAUCGAUUUUAUCAAGUGAUUGAAAGCUUUACGUUUGAAAUAUGGUAAAAUUUGACGAUAAAAUGAUCAAAGAGGCGCGAUGCGAUGAAUAUAGGUACUGAGUUGAAUAUAGGAGCGAUUACCCUAGCAUAGUGACUUUCGUACAGAACUGUGAUUUCGAUUUAUACGAACGAUCAAAGGUAACCUUGGAAUUGAAUGUGAAAGCUCUUCUUUGAAUUUGAAUUUCCAUCAUUUUCAAUUUUUUAGUACAUUUUCCCAACUUUUUUUUGCGUGUAAACUCGACGCACGCAAAAAAUCAUGCAAAUUUGUCAAGCCGUUCCCGAGGUAUGCGAUCGCAAACGAACAGAAAUUGAUUUUUAUUAAUCAAAUAAACAUAAUCAUAUGACAAUCCACGUAUUAAUAAGUUAGCGAUUAGCGAAAGUUCCGUUAAUAUGGGUUUAGCGUUUAGCGUUUAGCGAUUAUCGAGUCAAAUUUUCCAGUUAGCACAUUAGCGAUUAGCGUCGCUAAGCCACUGGUAAUAUUCAAUAUUAAAAAACGUGGACAUUUUCAAUGUUUAAAGAUCCAGAAAAUCACAUAGAAAUCGUUUCACUUACUUGCGGACUAUGGAAAUGAAAUAAAAUUUUUACGUCGGAAAUGCUAUAUUUCAGGUUGCCAGCCCAGCGGCUAUUAUUUAGUGGUAAUUUGAAUCCCGUUUUCCUCACUGUGCUCUGUGUAUAUAUUUAAGUAACAAAGCCUAAAACUCGGUAGCACAGUAUACAAAUUUUAUACAGGCAUCAACAACAGAAAAUACGAAUGCCUUGUUUAGUUAUAUAUUUCUUGAGAAUAAAUAUAAUUUUCCGAAGAAUAUUUUUGCAUGUAUAUUUCUUCACAAAACUAUAUCCGUCCUCUAAAACUCGAUUUGUAGAGAGGUUUACGCUUACAAAAAAAAAAGGUAUUAAAACUGUUCAAAUAUGUUUUUGGAAAUCUUUAAGUUUUUAUCAUGUUUUCUAACAGUAUCUAGAACAGUAUCUAGAGUACAGUACAUAUCUUUGGUAUAAAUCUUAUGAAAAUAAAUACAAUCCGCUAAUUUGAAGCCUUUUCAAAAUAACGAGUGUUCAUAACGUAGUUUUCAUACGAAUUUUGGUAAUAUCUAAAGUUUUUUUUCAAAUGCAUGUCGAAUCUUCAUCGAGAAAAUAAACGCGAGCGAACCGUUUCGAUCAAAUGGGAGAUGAAGGAUAAGAAUUAAAAAGAAUAACGUUUUGCGUUGGUACGAAUUUGUCGAACAAUCGCCGUAAUUCGUUUGGUUGCUUGUUUAUAUAUCAGUUAUGAAGUUUGUUUCACAACCAACGUUUGGAUACCCAAACUUAUUGAAUAUUUUAACUGGCAAUGGAAAUAUUUGACAAGCAUAUUCUAGUAAGCUAGCAGCAGCACAGCUAAAUCAUACCAUAGUUACAUAAACUAUUACUAGAUUGAAUGCUAAGAUGUAAAUGUUGAUUGUAGUGUGAACUAUCAGAAUCAAAAGUUAAAGUUAAGCACAAAGCUAUUAUAUCUAUUGCCAACCAGUAAACAUUAAAAGUAAACCGGUGCGAGUAUGUUCUACCAAAUAUCCUUAUAUCAAUAGGUGGACCCACAAGUGCCCAUCUCAUAUCAGCUAGAAUGCACAGUGAAAAAAAAAUGCAAGAACGGAAAAAUCCCUCGAACUAAGACUAUACACCACCAUAACGAAUCAAAGCCAAACAUUUUAGACCUUUACAUAGUACGUAAUACGUAAGACUAGUGUGAACACGAAAUUGGUUUCUCUUGAUUAACAGCCGAACAAUAAUAUGAUUACCGAGCGUGAUAAAGUGACAGUGUUUAACAGUUAGAAAACAGUUAGAAAACAGUUAGAAAACAGUUUUGUUUUUCGUUUAAAAAUACACUCAAACGUCAGAGCAAGUAGCUGUGAAAAAGAUGCAAACGAAAAACUUGAAAAAAAAAAAUAAAACAAUGGGAAUCUUAAAACUGAUCAUAUUUAUAAUCGAACGUACAGAAAUUAUUAUACAGCAUUAAAUCGCACACAUUCUUAGUAAAAUAGAGAGGAGAUGAAAAGACGACUGUUUAAAGGCAAUAUACCUGUAUAAAUUUACAUAUACAUAUAAAAAUACGUAUAUUUAAAGCAGAUCAAACAAAAAAACUAUUAGAUGUAUAUGAUUGCCAACACAGGUAAGGAUUAACUAUUAACGUGGCUGUUUCGAUUUUACUCCUAGAAAACGAGCAGGGGUUGAUUAGCUGCAAGCGUUUAAACACCUGCUGUAAUAAGUUCAAUAUAUCAAUGUUUUGAGAAUUCUAUAAAUCAUUCACAAACACAAAACGUUUCAACUGACGCCAGGUUAUUAAAAUUUCUGUCCCCCUCCGAAGUAGGUUUCCUAUACUGUUAAGUAACACACCUGUUAAGUGAUUAACCGAUUCCGUCUUUCUGUGAUGCCAUAGAAGCUAAUGUUGUUGUUGAUUACUGUAAUUUUUACGUUAGCACGUGCACCGGCUAGGGUUGAUGAGGAGACAACUUGUUAAACUGUUUAGCGACGGGCCACUUAUCCCGAGGCCUGCCCGUCUGUCAGUGUGUGUGUGUGGUUGUGCUAAUAAGAUUACUUUCCAAACGCGACUAUCGUUGACUAGCGUCCACCGUAACCGAGCAUGGCUAAGUGUUAUCAUAAUUAUGCACGCCUCCCUUUUUACGUAUAUGAAGUAAACCUUACCCCUUUGAUUAGAUUUAACCUAGUUUUUUGCAAAUCUGAUCGAUUGGUUUACAUCCUGAAAGCUGAAACUGUCGAAGAUAAUAUGAAACUAAUUUUAGGAAAAUGUCGGCACGAUCCACAACGGGUGAAGGCAAAAUGAGGCUGGUGGUAAAUAUGUGGAAAAUUAGUAUACUAUAAAAGAAACAUUUGUUUUAGUAGUCGAUGAGCCGAAGAAGACAAUAACAAAGUUAAUCUAUAUGUACAGGAUACAAUAAUAAUUAGCCUUUUCCUAGCAUUACCUAGCGCAAGCAGAAUCUCAUCGAACAAAAACAUUGAAAAAAUCAUGUCGUGUCUCAACUGUCAUCAACGCUAGAGUGACUUGAAACUGAAACAGUUAGUGGACUAUACCGGAAGAUUGUGAUUUACGUUGUUGUACUAUUUUAAUCUUGUUGCAGCACUACAGAAACAAAAAAAACACAACAUAAAGGGAAAUAAAGUCAUACAUUGUCGAAAAUGAAAGGAUAAAAA